AUGUAUCACAAUGAGCUUCUGUACGCAGUCGAUAUCUACUGUGAGAUCAUGGUCUGCAAUUUGAAGAGUGACCCACCAACAGUUUCAAUUAUCAAAAUGCAAAGAAUACCAAGUGAGGUAUUUCUGUGUGAUGAAAUGUAUUUGGUGGGUUCAGCGGAUGAGUUGUUCUUGGUUAUGCGGUUUUUAGACAGUCGUUAUGAUUCUGAUUUCCGCCUAUCACACAGAACUAGAAGGUUUGAUGUUUUGAGGAUUGAUCGGAGCGAGCAGUUGGCACAGUGGAAUGUUGUCACGGAUGUGGGAGAGCGGGCAUUCUUUGUGGGACAAAAUGAAUCAGUGUACUUUAUGGCAUCAGAAUAUAGGGAAUGUAUGGGAAACUGUAUAUAUUUUACCAGCAAUGCUGAUAGAAUGACAUUCAACGACCAUUUAGGAGAAUACGAUGCAGGGAUCUAUAAGUUAUCAGAUGGAACGAUUGAGUCAUUACCUCCUUGUCCGCGCAAUCUGUGGCCUCCACCGAUCUGGGUUACACCGAAUCCAUACUAA